CGGCGGGCGGCGGGGCCCCUCGGGACGGGCCGGGCGGGCGGCCCCGGCGUUUCAGCUCGGGGAGCCUCACACCUCUCCGCGGGCGCGGCGCAGCGCAGAUUAAAAAUCAAGAAAUAUAAACCAGAUGCAACAGCUUCUUGACAUGGAGAACAAGGCCCCUAAUACAAUGGGAGCUUCUCCUUGUGAAGCUGAGCUUCAGGAAUUAAUGGAACAAAUUGACAUCAUGGUAAGCAACAAAAAAUUGGAUUGGGAAAGGAAGAUGCGGGCUUUAGAGACGCGAUUAGAUCUUCGGGAUCAAGAACUGGCAAAUGCACAGACUUGUUUGGAUCAGAAAGGUCAAGAGGUGGGGUUGCUUCGCCAGAAGUUGGAUAGUCUGGAAAAAUGUAACUUAGCCAUGACUCAGAAUUAUGAAGGACAGCUUCAAACCCUAAAAUCUCAAUUUUCCAAGCUGACAAAUAGCUUUGAAAAACUGAGAUUACACCAGAUGAAACAAAACAAAGUUCACCGAAAAGAAUUAUCACAACCCAAAGAAGAAAUACCAUUUGAAAUGAGCAAUUUGAACCAGAAAUUAGAGGAAUUUAGAGCAAAGUCAAGAGAAUGGGACAAGCAAGAAAUACUGUAUCAGACUCAUCUGGUUUCUUUAGAUGCACAACAAAAAUUAUUAUCUGAGAAGUGUAAUCAAUUUCAGAAACAGGCACAAAGUUACCAGACUCAACUAAAUGGUAAUAAACAGUGCAUAGGAAGCAGCAGCUCUGAAAUUCCUCGGUUGAUAUGUGAACCAGAUCCCAGUUGUGAAACCAAUGAAAAAGAUGAGUUCAUUAUUGAAAAAUUAAAGUCAGCUGUGAGUGAAAUCGCAUUCAGCAGGAAUAAGCUACAAGAUGAAAAUCAGAAGCUCUUACAAGAACUAAAAAUGUACCAAAGACAGUGCCAGGCCAUGGAAGCAGGACUCUCAGAGGUGAAAAGUGAGUUACAGUCCCGUGAUGACCUCUUGAGAACUAUAGAAAUGGAACGAUUACAGUUGCACAGAGAAUUAUUAAAAAUAGGAGAGUUCCAAAAUGUUCAAGAAAAUAAAAACAGACUUGAAUCAUCUUAUUCACCUCGUGCUAAAGAACAAAACAGGAAAAGAAAAGAGCUGUUUUCAGUGGCCCCAGAUCAACCAAAUCAUGAAAAGGAAUUGGACAAGAUAAGAAGCCACCUCUAUCAGGAGGGAGAAUAUCAAAGCUCUGAGCAGGAGAGAAUGAGGAAUGAAAUUUCUGACCUGACAGAGGAGCUUCAUCAGAAGGAGAUCACUAUAGCAACUAUCAUGAAGAAAACUGCCCUUCUGGAGAGGCAGCUAAAAAUGGAGCUGGAAAUAAAAGAAAAAAUGUUAGCAAAACAACAGGUCUCAGAUAUAAGAUAUAAAGCUGUCAGAACUGAAAACAGUCAUCUAAAAGGAAUGAUGGGCGAUUUAGACCCUGGACAUUACAUGAGCAUGGACCUCACUAACAAGGAACAUUCAAGGCAUACAUCUAUUAACAAGUUGGAAUACGAGAAUGAAAGGCUCCGAAAUGAUCUUGCAAAACUUCACGCCACUGGAAAACCACCAUGGACUAACCAAAAUGCGUAUGAAGAAACAGUAAGGCACGCCUAUCAAAGCCACAGGAAAAUGAAAGAAAAUGAAGAUAGACUAAGCCAAGAUUGUGAGCCAGCUUUAAGUGCAACAUCUCCGUUGACACCUUUGAUAUUUCAAACCAAAGAAAUGACAAGCCCUUUGGUUAGUGACGAUGAAGUGUUCCCACUGUCUCCCCCAGAGAUACCCUUUCCAGCUUCUUUGGCUGCACAGCAUUUCCUUCUGGAGGAAGAGAAGCGAGCAAAAGAACUUGAAAAACUUCUAAAUACACAUAUUGAUGAACUGCAAAGACAUACAGAAUUUACUCUUAAUAAAUACACCAAGCUAAAACAAAAUAGACACAUAUGAGCUUUUAAACUUUUUUAUUUGAUUUCCCCAACCCAAGAAAAAAAAGCUCUGGCAAAAUAUUUACAAAGCCGACUAAUGAAACUGAGAAAUUUUCUUCUGUUUUCUUGAGUAAAUCAUUGCUGUAAGGCAGCUGGAAAAUAGUAAGUAUUUUGUUCUGUAAAGCUGUUUGUAUUUCUGAAUUAACAUACUAAACUGUUCUGCUGUAGAGUUACUAUAAAAUAAACAUGACUACUCCAAAACAGAUUUUUUUUUCAGUGUAAGGAAUAUUUUGGACUUAAAUAUGCUGUUUUUUUUCCCACUUGAAUCAUGUAUACUAAAAACCCAUUUCCUCUGUAAGAACACAAAAUGAGGAUAAGGGAAGUAUGUAUUCCAAAAAUAAAUGAAUCGAGUGCAGCUCAGUUGUACUAUGUUUGAAAACUCAAGGAUUUUAAAAAAUCAAAAAUAUUAUUUAAGUACUUUGGAGUAUAUAAAUAUUCCAUAAUUUCUUUUAGAAAACAUACAGCUUUACUCUUUCUGCAUUCACCUUUCUAAUGUCUCUGUUUUUAACAUAAUAAAGGACAUGGAAUGUGCUAUUUACACACUUAAAACAUGUGCCAAAGAUAAAUGCUUUCCUAUUAGCACUAAUUAUGACAUGGACAUGAACAAGAAAUAUAAAGCAUUAUUGUUGCUACAUUCUCCUUUGUAAUCAUCCUUUGUUUUUUACUACGAUAAAGGACAUGAAAAUUCUGUGGACUUAAAACAUAAAUGCCAAAUCUGUAUACAAUUGGUAAUAGCAUGGUAAUGAAAAAUAAA